AUCACCAGCACAUCACACCAACACAUCCAAGGACUUUGACCACAUUUCGAGGAGACCCCUCCGAGAGGGGGGUGGAAUUGCGCAAGUCGCGUCGUUUUGUUUUGGAAACUGUACAACAAACGAUGCACUCUGCCGGAGACGCCUGACCGCCAGAGAUGGGCUGCUCCACAGCUGCUUCUCCCGGGCUGCGCUCCGCUGGUGUCCGGCUGGGCUGCAUCGACCGCGGUCACCUCCUCCAGUGAUGCGCCGCGGCCACGCCAGACACUGACGGGCUCCCCGAGAGAGCAGGAGAGACUGGCUGGAGCCGGCAGGCUGAGCCGGGACUCCAGGCAGCAGCAGCGACCCCCGUCCCCAGCACACCCCCGGACCCCGGCAGCAUGCCCGGGCAGCAGCGCCGGGCAGCGCCGCUCCAGCUCAGCCCGACUUCAUGACGCUCUGGGCGGCUUCGCCAGCAUGCGUUUCCUGCCCGAGCCCAGCGUCCAAUCCCUCCGGCUGCUCUUCCUCUUCAUCUUCGUGAUGGGGGUGGCCCCGUCCCCGGCUCUGACCGCCGGCUGCCCCGACAGGUGCGUGUGCGACGACCAGCUGGUGGUCCAGUGCGCCGGGCAGGACCUGAGCCUGUUCCCCGCGGACCUGCCGCUGGCCACCCGGCAGCUCAUCAUCUCCAACAACCGCAUCGGGGACCUGCCGGCGCUGCAGCUCAACUACCUGUCCGACCUGGUCUACCUGGACUGCAGCAACAACUCCCUCACGGAGAUCUCAGAGUCCACCUUCGGGAACUUGCGGAAACUGGCGUACCUGGACUUGUCGUUCAACACCUUGCUGCAGAUCGAGGACCGGACUUUCGGGCCGCUGGCGUCGCUGGUGAUGCUGCGGCUGACGGAUAACCCGGCGCUGGGGGAGAUCCACCCGGACGCCUUCUCGGAGAACGUCGCCCUGCAGGUGCUGGACGUGAGCAGGAACAACCUGACGGCCCUGAACAUCAGCAGCCUGAUCGCCCUGCCGGCCCUCAGGUCCCUGGGGCUCAGCGGGAACCCCUGGAGCUGCGACUGUGACACGGAGGACCUCUGCCUCUGGGUGCAGAUCGAGGGCUUCAAGUUCCAAGACGAAGGCCAGACAGUUUGCCACAACCCUCCGGAGCUGGCGGGCCAGCGGUUGGCGGAGGUCGGCAUGCAGCUGCGGGCGGACUGCCACCAAGGCCUGGGCUACUGGGACUACCUCUUCUUCAUCGCCAUCGGCUUUGUCAUCUUCUCCGCCGGCACGGUGUCGGCGUGGGUGAUGGGUGUGCUCAUGGUGCUGUACGAGCGCUACAGCAAGCGGAAGAGCGAGCAGCUGGACAGCGAUGAUGAGGACGAGAGGGGAGGGUUUGGUGGCGGGGGACUCUGUGGCGGCGGAGGAGGAGGAGGAGGAGGAGGAGGAGGAGGUAACCAGGGGAAUGGGGAUCUAAGCAAACCUGGCAUUCAGGUGUGAUGGACUGAUGCAAAGAACACACAGAGGAGUAAAAUGUGAGCAGGAGGAGAGAAAAGACAGGGGGUUGGAUGAACCAGAGGUCACGACGGGAGUCUGACAUCAAAUGCCCUGCUACGAACUCAGAUCUGCCUGUCUGUCUGUGUCGCAGAUUUAGAUCUUAAUAUGCUCUUUAACAUAUUGGAAAGUGAGUGUGCGUGACUGUGGCUGAGUGUGUCUCUCUGAGAGAAGAUAAGAGACAGACAGAGACGGCAAUAAAGAUGACGAUGCCUUCACUUCAGGAGAACAGAACGACCUCUGAGAAUAUUGAGAGCAAUAACCCCGCACACGUGAAUAAAGGCGCGUGGAUGUACCUGCAUACACUGUAAAGUGCUCCUUAGUAGCACCUUGUAAAUGAUGAAUAUGGCAAGUCAUGAUGUGUGAGUGGCACUUUCAAACACACACAUACAGUCCAUCCAUGAAAAACACAUAAGAGGGUACUAAGUGUUAGAAAAGAGAGUGAUGCCUUAUCUCUCCUGCAGCAGAAAUGGGAAAAUCGUACAUUUCAGUAUUCAAAUGUUAUUUUCCCGAAUGCCUUAAGGCAACUCGCUUGAAACAGUCAACAGUCACUGUUGUCUCUUAUAGACAGAAUCUGUCCACAGAAAAAAAAAAAACAACAACACUGCAUUUUGGGUGAUAUAACAAAGAGACAAUAGCGUGAAUGUACUUAUUAAGAAUGAACUACAACUUACAGAAAUUGAACAAACUUAACUAGUUCAGGGAUAGCAGAUCCAAGUCAAUUUAACACAUUUCUCUUUAUGUUUAAAAGUAUCCUGUGGAGUUUUGUAUCUACGCGUUGUGGUUUGGAGCGCUGCUUUGGCAAUUAGGUGUGUUUGGUUUUUGCCAUAUGACAGCUUUUAAAGGUAGAAAAAGAUGGUUGGUUUCUAUGAUAAAUGCUGAAUGUAAACCUCUUUUUUUGACAAAAAAGAAAACAACAAAAAAAACUCCACAGGUUACAACCAACAACUUAACACCACCUGAAAAUCCUGCUUGCUCUGACCUCGGGUCUGUUUUGUCUUCUCACAGUGAAGUCAGAGUGGACUCUGUCGUGUGUCAGUACAGUGUGACUCCUCAGAGCACAUCAACAGUAAAUCAGGUUUCCGGACGGUAGCGUCAGUUUCAGGCACUUUUUGAUCGCACAAGUUACAAGAUUUUGCCCAGUUCAAUUCAGACUACACAAUAAAGGUGCAACCACUGUCCAUACAGAAGAGAUAUGAGAAUGAGAUAUGAAAUGAGACCUUUGCUUGACUAAUUGUAUCUUUUGUCUGCAGUCAUGAGACCAACGACAGUAUGCCUGUCUUUUAUGUAGAGCAUUGAGAUCCCAAAGUGCUUUACUGCACAGAUUAUUACAAAGAGAAAGAUGGACAUAUUGAUAGAUCGUGGUUGGGUGGAUGGAGCUCAGAUGUUUGCAGACAAUUAUUUCCAAGUGUGUCAUUUGAUUUUUCUUUCUUUCUUUACAUUUUUAUUCUUGCUAUAAAGCUGCAUUUUUUUUACUGUUAUUUUUGUUAGUCUUUGAGAUGAGAAACCUUCUGUUACGUCACCCACAACUUUUAUUAAGAGCUCUUUUGAAGCCCACUUGUUGGAACUCUGGUUGUUUUCAUCCUGGGAGGAGCUGGUUCUGCCCGACCCCUGGUUAAUCUAGAAAUAGCUCUUAGUAGGAGCGUGCCCGUCUUAGCUCCGUUGCCACAAGCUAGUUAUCUCAGCUUAGUUUAGCUCAUGCCAAUCUAUGAUGCUAAAUGAGGUCAUUUUACUUCCCCAAUUUUACGUGCUAUGUAACUAAAGGGUUGACAUCAUGUUAAUUCCUACUGUAUUUGACAUUUUAACAUGGUGAUCAAUGGAAAUAGCCUCAAAUUUGGAUCCUCCCCUAAUGGUUCAUUGGAGGAACUGCACAUGUUUUUGGUACUCGGAUAAAUGUAUUCAUUUGUCAAAAGCAGAGGGUACCCCCUGGUUUUGACCCACAGAUGGAUUCAUUUCAGUUAUUACUUCUGGUAGUUGGUUCCUGUCCCGUACCCCCCCAAGAUAUCACACACACUGUGAGAGGCUGCGAGCUAUGAUUUGUCACAUGUACUGUAGCCUCGCCUGCCUCUCGGCAGAUUCACAGCAAGAAUUUAUGACGUUACCUAAUAUAAAAGCAGCUGCUAUCAGAUGGAAACAUUGUGUAGUCUGAACGUGACAUUAGGCUCAAAUAAACAGUUGUGGAGGUGUUUUUUUUCUUCUUCAAACAACUGUGGAAUAAACCUCACAGAUGAACUGAUUGAUUAAAGCCUGUUUCUGUAGCACAUUCACACGUCAAUACAACGUUUUAAUGCACAAAAUGUUCUGAAUGGAAACUUGCUUCCUAAUAGCUCGGGGGGCUGCUUUUCAGUCUGGUGUUAAGUUCCUCUUAAAGGUCAUUUUCCUGUAAAGUCAGCCAGAAGUCUUCCUAUGAUGACUACCAUAACCUGUGUUGUCUUUGUGUGUGUGCGUGUGUUCAUCUUCAGGUCUCUAUGUCUGUAUGGUUUAACUAUGAGCCUUACUGUCUCUGACAAGCUUUAGUUGUAGUGGGGCAGGUUCAUAGUGGCUGCACGUGAAAGAAAAAAAAAAGUGAUGAAGGGGGCUGAGUCUGUCAUGAACUUAACAGUGACUCUACACAAUGUGACUGGACACGUCUCUAAGUCGAGCUCAUGUUGCAUUGAACAAACCAGGCUGCAGUUUAUGACCCAACUGUUAAUGUGCAAGUGGGCCUCUGGAGCAUUAGAAGUACUAGCGUGUUCAUGUAUGAGUGACUGAGUGUGUUUAAUUGGGGGCAGAGCCAUCACAGAGCAUCUCUGUGAGCAGCACGGGCAAGAGAUAUAUGAAUGGACAAUGAUUGGAACCCCCUCCUCCUCCAUCCUGCCCUGUUUUCACCCUGUCCAUCACAGGGCGGUUGAGACGCUGGGCGGGAACUAAAGGUGGGAUGGAGAAAGAGCAAAGUUAGCUUCAGACACGGGAAUCCAGCCCAACUGACAUGCGAGGCAACUUUACUGAUGGACGGGCCAACCUCAUAUUCACGUUCUAAGCUGAGUGGAUCCAAAUUGGCAUGAUUAAGACGUAAGUGUAAAGCGGGCUUGGCUGUCCUGUGCCUCCUGGACAGAGUGCAUGUGCCGUGCCCCUCUUAGGGCAGUGGGCAGGUGUUGGGGCAGGUGGCCCUCCGUCUCUACCCCUGUGACGUCUCUUCAGUGCUGCAGGUGUGUGGGGGGCGGGUCCUGCUGACUGGUGCCCUCCGUGGAUCCUGGGCUGUUUCCACUUUCAGCCAUCUUGGGAAUGGGGGCCCAUCGCCUACGCUUACCGGUAUGCAUGGACAAUGAAUCUAGUGCACUGGGGGAGGUCUGCUGCAUGACUCUGACCCAACACGCCGGUACCAACUGUGAUUUGACCGGAAGUUGUUGCUGAACUCGUGUUGGAGGUCAACCUCACUGCUUUAAGUGUCUCUGCAGCUCCGACUGUUUCAGCUCUUGCACAAAUCAGGGGGUUACAUCAAACAGAACCACAAAAACACCAGACACUCAUUUACGCACAUCACACCACACUACACACACACCAAUGCUUUAUCACUAACACACACAACAUCCAUCACAGUCUUCUGUCUUUGUCUGUCUUUCUGUACUUCACUGUGAUUUUAGUCCUCUUUGACAGAAUCUGUCUCAGGUCCUAAUAAAGUUUGUUAGAUUAGACUGUCAGAGGGCUGGUGUCACCUUUACUCCCACAUAUGUGCAGGAAAACGUACAUUUGCAAAAUCACAUUGCAUAUAUUUAAAAAAAAAAGAAGUUUUUUUUGGCAACCUCGGCACUAAGCCACCAUAUAUAUGCAGGCAGUUGUAAAAAAAGAAAAAGAAAAGAAAAAAAAGAGGGCUUGGUUAUUCGUAUGUGUGUAUGUGUCACUCUCUAUGUUUGUGCAUAGAUGCAAGUAUAUUUAUUGAUUUCCAUGGCUUGGUUUACGAUCAAGCCAGUACUAUUUAGUGCUUUCAUGUGGAUGCACAUGAAGAGUUUUAUUUAUGAAGGAAGUUUAACUUCUUAGUAGGGCCUGCACACUUUCACUGAUAGACACGCAUUCAAACAGAGCAAUCAACUCACAUUCUUCCUUUAAAGCACAAAAAAAAAACCCCACACACACACGUUCAAUGAAUCUCAAGGGCACAGCUAAAGUCAAAGCCCCAGGCCUGAGAACAUUAACACUCCUGUUUUGGUCUCUCUUGCCAUGCAUCACUGCAUCCUCUUAUCCCCCCCUCCCCAUCUUCAAUCUGACACUGUCAUCAGCUUUCACACAACAGCAGCAAACACUGAAACACACACCCACACAUAUAAUGCACCCACUAAAUCUUUAGGUUGUCAUUAUGGGAUUGUUUAUUCAAAGGGAAGCUUAAAGGGGCUGCAAGUUGCCCGUGUCCAUCGUUCCUGUGUUAUAUCAUAUUCGUAAAAGAGACAUUUGGCCCUCAAGAGCAUGACCUCUCAGCUGCAUGCCUGAACUUUUCCAUACACACAAUACUUCCUGUUUGGAGUGUGUUGCCAUUUCUCCCGGCCGAUUGUUAGUUUACCUCCAGCGACAAAUAUAGAGCUGUUUAGCAGACAUAAGAUGAUAGUUAUUUAUCAGAGGACGGGGAGUCGGUUGGUGCGCCAAGAAGGAUGAGAAGUCUUGUGUGUGAUUGUAGGGUGCUGCAGUGGUGCAAAAAUAUCACUGAUGUCAGACAAAGUGCACAGACAGUGUGUUUUGUGCACACGUGUAGGCAGAUAGGAUGUGCUGCGAGGGGCAUGUCUCCUCGUAGAUGGGAUGUUAUGUAGAAGAUCUGACAAGAAUUUGUGAAAACCUCAAUUUUGAAGAAGUUGUUGCAUUUUGUGCUGGAAGGAAGUACAAGGCUGCUAUCGAUUUCUUGACGCAUAGCUGUGAGAGUAUUAGUGUGAGAGUAUUCCCGUGUAUGUGUGAAACAUUCCUACAUCAAUGCACAAGAAUAUUAGUCUGCUGGUUAGAAAUCAGAGGUGCCAUGAUGGCUCACUGCUAAAGCUGAAGACUGCAGAGCCCGUCCUCCGGUCUUCGCUGUAUAUGUAUGUGUGUCUAUGUGUGCGUGUGUGUGUGUAAAAUGGGACUAAAAUGGGACACUGUACCUGCUGAUAGACAGUAUUUUCAGUGUUUUUCGCUGUCAUUUCUUUGAGAUUUUUCUUUAGUUUUGUAAGUCAUGAAUCAUAAGCAAUAAAAGUCUUGCAGGAGGAUUCUGGUUUUAUUGAAGCCGGGGCCUAAUUUUCCAUCUUUUACGGUCUACAGGAUUUAUGGGCUCACAAGUGUUUGGAUCGGUCCAGUAUUGAGUGGGAACACUGUAACUGGCAACUGUGAAAUGGCUGCAUUGUAUAAGCCCAGUCAUCAGAAUUAAAUGUAAUGAUUUUUUUUUGGUUUACUUAUAAACCGCGGACUUAAAGGCAAAAGAUCUCAGUCUAAGUCCCAACAUACACUGACAAGACAAUCCAUGAUCUUCUCACACUGCAGCAUGUAAAGACUAAUAAUUGAACCAAAUGUUGCAGUCUGUAGGAUUUGUUUUAGUCUGUUUUCCUUUUUUGGUUGUUGUUGUUUUUUUGUUUUUUUAGGGGGUUUUGCUUUUGGAUUGCUUUUCUUUUGUUUUGUUUUUUAUUGUCUUAUGUCCGUCACUCAUCCGGGUUUUCCUAAGUUACCCUGUUCCUGAGUGUGGUUGAACUGUCAAAAAAGCAAAACAACUCACCUCGUAUCCUCGUUUCAUGAGCACAAAAAUGUCAAGAGGUCAAAGAAACAGGGUAGAAGAAACUCAUGAGGACCAAAGAAAAGACUGUGUUGAUGCUUUAAAAAACAGACAGUUGGCUUUGCAAUGAUGUGACUCUAGCUGUAACGUGACAGGUGUUUAUGUUCUUAAAGGGCUACAUCACACACAUCUGAGUAGUGCAAUGAGAUUUAAUGCUCAAUAUUUCUGCAUCAUCAGAGUUGAUAACAAAAAAUGAUUUUAAAAAGUCACAAAGUAAAAUAUUAUUGUUCCUGGCUGCUCACAGCCAAACAUCCUCUUGUUUAUUUCCAUGAGAUAAUUCCAUCCCACAGUUCUUUACAGCCAUAAUUUUUAAAGAAAUAGUCAACCUUUUUAAUUCAGUCAGAUCAAUUGUACUCCAUGUUUGAUAUCACCAGCCUUGACAGUGAUGUAUUAUGUUAUUCAGUGCAGUGCAUGCCCUUAGUGAAACAAUGUGACACAAAUGCAUGGGGCAAAACAUUUUCAUGCACUUUCAUUUGAUUUUUAUUUUUUUAGAAGCCCUGUAGCCUUUGUAGUGCAGACUAACUUCACAGUUUAAUUUAAAAGAGUAGCUAUCUUCUUGUUGCAGCCACAUCCAAUUGUACCGCCACCAUUCGUAAUCUGGUUGUGUUUACUCCCAUUUCUUAUACAACCAGCCACAACUUCCAUAUGUUCCAGGCCCUGAAGUAUCAUGAAAGUCACACACAGAUCUGAGUCUGUACGAAGCCUAUCCAUAAUGUUGAAAGUGUUUAGGCUAAUAAUCAGAGCUAUCAAAAACAAGUGCUUGCACUGUACUCCAUGGAUUAUAUGACAGGAUUUUUGUGGUUUGCUGUUUUCACCGUCUCACUCAGUAUGUAUAUACAUGUUAAUUAUGUAUAUACAUUUGGGAACUUCAGAUUCAGAUUCAGAUUCAGAAUACUUUAUUAGUCCCAAAGGGCAAUUCAUUUCUACAGUACUUGUUAACCAUCUCGACCCUACACAAUGUUUUGUUUCAAAAUGCCGACAUUUUCCAUUAAGAUGAAGAAAAGUCAUUUUCUAAUACUUUCCUUGUUGAUACAGAACAACUUUGUGGAUUCUUGUGCUGUAAUUGAACAGGAACUCUCAAAUUAAUAAAACCAACCCACUUAGAUAUUGUAAGAAUCUUUGUACCACAAAUAUAUCAACUCUCCACAUUUUUGUAAUUUCUUUUAUCUUUCAUAUACACAGUUGCUAACGCCGAGUCUGACGUCAGGUGCUGAAUGUUGAUUUUACAAAAAGACAAUUGGCAUUUUUACAGACAUUAUCUACCUAAUCCAUGGUUUUUAAGUGAAUAACGUUCUCUCACUUAUAUCAGUAAACAUGAAUGACUGUUCAAGUAGUGUUCUUUGUAGAGUUAAUGUCUCUAUUAUCAAAUCAGCCAGGAAACAAUCUUAGAAACGAUAACUUUAAUGGAACAUACAAUUACUUGUGUUCAGAAGUUGAUGCAACUUCUUGAUGUCUUUGUAUGAAGAAACGACAGAGAUAAAGUAUAACAGCUACGAUUUCAACCAUGUCUUUACAACUCUGUUUAUAGUAGCUGGUUUUACAGGGUGCAGUCAUGCACUCGACUCCAAACCCCCCUACUCAGUGGGAGGUUCCCUCCUUUUGAGAUUAGCAUUAAAACGCUGUGCUACCAUUUCUGAGGGUCAGUGAAUGCAGCAAGACGUGAAGUUGACUGGAUUUAAUGAUGAAGAGGUUGGAAAAUUCUCCUCUACUACUUCUAGUUUUCAUACCAUGAGCCAGUGUUUCCCAAUCCUGGUCCUCGGGGGAGGCCCUGUCCUGCAUGGUUUAGAUGUUUCCUUGCCUCAAUAGUCCUGAUUCAAAUUAAUCGUCCUUAUUACCUCGUCAUCAAGGUCUACACAACUCUGUUGAUGGCACAGCUACUUGUAUCACGGUGUGCUGAAGCAGAGUAGCAUCUAAAACAUGCAGGAUAGGGGGGCCCCAAGACCAGGAUUGGGAAACACUGCACUAAGCAAAAUAUAUAUAUAUAUCCCCUUUAAUGUUGUCCCCUUUAAGGAAAAUAGAUUGUUGCUGUAUAUUUGUGUGUGUGUAAUGUUUGUGUAUUUCUUUUGGUUAUGUUUUUUUGCCUGUCGGAGCUCAGUUUCACAUCUAAACUCUUCUCUGCGGCCAUGGUGAGAGAAAUCUCAGUGGAGCAAAUUCUCUCCUCCUCACUCAGAAACACACAUACACACACUCUGUGUGAAAAAAGAAGCAGAAGAAAUGGACCACUCUCAUAAAGCACAGUUAUAUUUGAGCCAGGCUCUAUUUCCUAUAAAUUGGACACACUCGGUCCGUCAUGCGUGGCUCUAGAUUACUCCGGAGAUGGGGCUGCGCGCGCACAGACACCACAGACACACACUCUGGGUGACGGGGUGUUGUCAGGGGCUUAGAGCAGAAACCAGAAGCUCACACACAACUAUUUUCCUUUCCCUCCCUCUCUCCGGACAACUUUCUUUCUCUUCGUUUUAUGUUCUCAUCCCCUUCUUCCACCUGCCUUCACACACACGCCAACCCCGACCUUCCACUUUCUCUCUCUCUGUCCUCCUCCUUCCUUCACAUUAGCCGUGCUGACAGCUGCUCAGCCGCUCCACUCGCACCACCGCUGAAGAGCAACUUCUAAUCCGUCACACGACCCUCGAAACUCUGCCCGCCUGAUCUCACAGCUUUGCCGCUUCUGAAAGCUUUCCGUGGAGAGGCAGGAUGGAGUUGUAGACAGCGUAUUGACACUGAGAGAUGUCAGUGUGUGUGUGUGUAUGUGUGUGUGUGUGUGUGUGUGUGUGCGUUGCAAAAGAACACAAACCCCCAGAAGCGGUUGCAAGAGCUAAAACAUUUUGCGUUCGCACAACUAUCAUAAUGUGCGUCUGUGUGAGUGUGAGUGGGUGGGUGUGGGCCUGAGCUUGUGUGCUCAGUCUGAUCUGAUCCCUUUAUUUCUCUGAGGGCAAUGUUAGUGCGUGAGCAUGAAACAUGGAGUUCUUCUAAUGCAAUAAGUCAAUAAUACAUCCCAUCAUUGCACACAUGCACACACAGAGCAUAAAACUGCCUUCCAGGGGAAAACAUGAACAUGCAUUCCUUUGUAUAUCUUUUAUCCCUCUU